UUUGAAUGUUAUAACAAGAAGAAAUCUAAAAGAAAAUUGGAAAAAUAUGAAUUGUCAUAUCUAAGCAUCAAUAGGAAAAUACUUAGAUACGUCUUCAAUCUAAAAACAUUGCAGUGCCUCAAUACAUAUAUCUUAUCUACAAAAACAAUUGUGUAAUAGCUCGUGUUUACUGUAUACAAGUGUCACAUCAAAAUUUAAAAAAACUAUAAACAUGACAGACCAAAGCGACUUAAUUUAAUUUUGUAUAAAUUAUUAGUGUUAUCUUAUUUGUGCGUCACUCCCGGGAAAGUGACAGCAGAGGACUGUUUUUGUCACUUUUUUCCGAUUGAUAAUACUUGAUAUUACGCAUUAUUCUGCUUUAAUUAGUAAUGAUUUGUGGAUAAAAGGAAAGAGUGUUUAGUAAACUCGUAUAGUUACGGUGUAAUUGGUUUUGAUAAUUUCGCGGAAUAACUGAAAUUUCUAUAAAUAUUUCAGUAACUAUUUUUUAACAUACCGGAAUUAUUCAGAAAUUCUAUUUAUUCAUAUAAUGGUUGUAUUAUCAUUCCUCGUGGUACUGUUACCAUUGUUUGGAACAUGUUUGGGUUCAAUAUAUAGCUCAUUGCUUUUAAAUGAACAUAACCGAUAUAGAAAAAGUGAAAAUGCAGCCAACAUGCAGAAAUUGGUCUGGAGUACAACUCUUGAACAAGAGGCUACUGCAUGGGCGUCCAGAUGUUCUAACAGCCAUCAGCAGAACGGUAGAGGAGAAAACCUGGCAAUGCAAAGUGUUGGUGAAGAUAUAAAUGUAUUGAUAAAGCGGGGUAUUAAAAUGUGGUUUGAUGAGAAGAGAGACUAUUCCCCAGGGAGUGGCUUUAGUAUGUCUACAGGACAUUAUACACAGAUGGUGUGGGCGGACAGUAAACAACUGGGUUGUGGUGUACAGAUAUGUAACGCGAACUCAAAGUUCCCUAUGAAAUACAUGUAUUUAGUAUGCUUUUAUGACCCACCAGGAAAUUUUAACAACAGGGAGCCAUAUAUAAAUGGACAGGCAUGUUCUAGAUGUCGCUCAGGACAGCAGUGUGAUGCAGGUCUAUGUUCAGAUCACGCUACAGGAGGACGAAAUGUCCCGAAUACACCAACAAAAGUCACUAGCAGAAGUAACGUAAACGGAGGAACCGAUUGGAAAUAUAGUCCCUGGAAGAUUGUCAAUGAAAAUCAACGUACCAAACCUGACCAAACCAGACGUAUAACUACCACCAGAGAGAAUAAACCCAAUGGUAGAGUCAUGUGGAGCUGGACAUCAGGAAACAAUAGGAGAAGUCAGCAAACAAACAAUCAAAAUUCUCAGCCACGAACAAGUAGGAAUUGGAAUCUUCCACAAAGUUGGAAUAGGAACGCGGGUAGAAAUAUGAACAUAAGAAGAAGAGUUUGGACCAGUGGACAAAAUUCAGGGACACCUACCACUAACUGGUCAUACAGUUGGAGCACGUAGAUUUCAAUAAUGAAAUGAAAAAAAUGUUUGUU